AUGUCCAAACCAACCUCGCAGGACAUAAUCGAUAGGGGGGACUAUCUCGAGCCGAAUUUUGAUGCUUCAAGUUUGCUUGUUGCCAAUUUGCGCGCUGUCCUGCAACACCACGACGUCAGUUUUCCAGCCAACGCUUCCAAGGCAUCUUUGAUCCAGGCAUUCGAGGACAACAUUGUACCAAAUGCAAAGAAGUACAGGAGAAUACGUCAAGCGAAUGCUGCAAUCCGAAGUGAUGCAAGCGACAUUUUAGAUGGUGAGACUGGUAACUAUUUGGAGGUGAGGUCUGGCGACGAUCAUGCGGACAUUGCUAAUAAAAAAAAUGAACUCAGCCACCGAUUCGGAGAAGGUCAUCACGCAAGUCUGCAAUUGAAACACCCAGACGAGUGCCCAGUGCUAGCCCAACACGAAAGACAGUCGAGAAAAUCUACAGGAGCGCUUGAAACUUCAACUUACAGAUUAAGGAAUGAAGAGGAAUCAGAUGACGCUGGGUUGACGUCUAGCAAUAUCUCGUGGGGAGCUGGAGACCAGUCUAGCAUGUGGGAGGAUAAUAAUCCUUUUCAAAGAGCAUCUCCGAGACUGGAAGAUAUGUCUAGUAGUAUCAAUAAACCGAGGAAAUCAUCUGCUCGCCCUUCCUCUGGGCAUGAGCCUGCUCCCUCCACCACAGAGCAAAAUAUCUUUCCAGUUGCUGGAAGUCUCGAUCUGGG